CUCUAGGUCUACCGGCCAUGCUGAGUGGGGCCAGUUCUGUCAGCUGCUCUCCUCAGGGAAAACAACAGCACUGGACAGUAAUCGGGCCAGUCCACUCUCCACCAGCUGUCACACAGGGGUGCAAGGCAGUUGUCUGGCUCACUGCCUCAUUGUGGGAACCCGCAGUGAUUUCAGUUUCUAGCAUUGUCAUGAGUCCUUGAGUUUGUCUGUACCAGUUAUUGAUUUGAAUGUGUUCUGUAUGCCAGUGUCACCCUUGUCACUUGGUGUGUUGGUGACACCUCUCCCUGCCUCCCUGAUAAGCGACACUCUUUGGGAAUGGACUGUGCCAGGGGUUGACCUACAUAACCCUUCUAUUACUUUGUAGAGACAUCUCAUCGCAGUAGGAAGACAGAGCUAGUAGAGACUGUCUCACUAUAACUCAUUCCCGCAUUGGUUGGAUCGUUAACAGCUGUAGAAGAAAACAUGUCAUGGUAUCACAUUGAUAGGUGUACCUGUGUUGUGUGUUGAGUGUUGGAUAACUUGUUGUAUCACAUGCCCUGAUAUAAUGGCUACUUCUCCUACUUCCGAGCUGUCUGUUCCUCCAUACUUUAGUCGAACAUCAUCACUUCGCAGAUCCUCAAAAAAGAAACAAGGAUUCGCUGCACAUAUCCGUGCCCAGCUCGGUGACCAACUAAAAUGUCUCGAGAACAAGCUGGAGAUCCAGGUCGCCAUUGUUGCAGAACUUCAGGAGUUCUUCAAGCGACGAGCGGAGGUAGAAAUGGAAUAUUCGAAGAACCUGGAUAAACUUGUGCGUCAGAUGAUUACACGACAUCGAGCUGAGAAACAAAAUCGUCAAGAACAAUGGGCUACAUUUUCAACAUUUGCAUGUUGGAAGCAUCUGUUGGGCAUCACUCGCAAGGAGAGCCAGGACCACAACACUAUCAGCGAGCUGUACAGCAACGCUGUCAUGAACAGGCUCAACGAAACCAUCGAAAAUUCACAGAGGAUAUUCAAGAAGUGUCGGGAAAUUGGAUCUGAAUCACAUGAAGAUAUGCUCAAAGUGCUCAAUGAACUGCAGAGUGCAAUGAAGACAUACCACAUUUACCAGUCGGAGAGCAAGCAGGCUGAAUCCAAACUGAGAAGUGUGGAGUCCCAGAAAAUGAAAGUUGAACAGCAGCUGUCAGGCAAGAAUACAACCAGCCGCAAGUUGAAGGGCCUGGAGCGACAAGCAGAAAAGCGUCAGUCUAAAUACUCUGAGAACAAGUUGAAGUCGCUGAAAGCCCGGAACGACUACCUGCUCUGUAUUGAAGGCGCCAACUCUGCCAUCACCAAGUACUUCUCCGACGACAUCUCAGACCUAAUGGACUGCAUGGACUUUGGCUACCACAACUCUGUAGGACGAACUAUGAUGAUGUACCUCUCAGUACACGAACAACUGAAGCAGACGCACCAGUCAGCCAUUGAGUCCAUCAACAAGAACAUCUCAGACCUUGACUCAAGGGCAGAUAAGCAGAAGUUCAUGGAGCUGAAUAAUCAAAUGUUCAUGCUACCCAAGAAAUUUGAGUUCCAACCCUUCAAGGGAGAUGAGGGUGUGAAAGAAAUACAAAUCCCCGUUCGGCAGAUCAGUGCUCAAAAACCUGUACAAGAUGACCUAGUGCAGCGCCAUCAGAGCAUUGGGGAGCGGCUCGCAUCUCUCACUGCGGAGAAUAACGAGAUUUGGAAGACAUUGGAGACAACAGAAAGAGCUCUUGUUGAUCUUAUACAAGUGAAGGACUAUGAUGUGUCAAAGUUUUUCCGAGAUGAGAAUCCACCACCCAAGUCACCACAUGAAGAUGCUAAAUAUCGAAAUGAUCGUCAAGAGACAGAAAUAUUCUAUUUGUCAAAAUUCCGGGAGUAUACAUUAAGCUGCAAUCGUCUGGCACGCCUUCAGUCCAAGUACAAUGCAAUACAGAAAGCUUUGGGAGAAAAGGAUCUAUCGUCUGGGGUGACAAGACCACCUGCUCUCCCACCCAAACCUCAGAAACGGCGCAUAGGUAGAACCCCCCCAGUUGGCCAGCCGAAGUUGUUCGGGGGGAGCCUUGAGGAGUACUGUGAGGCCCUGAAUGUGGAUAUUCCUCGCAUCAUUCGCAGCUGUAUACGAGUCGUCAACCUGUAUGGUAUGCACCACCAGGGAAUUUUCAGAGUGUCCGGAGCACAGCUGGACAUCAAUCAAUUCAAGAACACCUUUGAAACAGGUGAAGAUGCCCUGAUUGACGUUAUGGACUCAAGUGACAUCAAUUCUGUUGCUGGGGUUCUCAAAUUGUACUUCAGGGAGCUCCGAGAGCCACUGUUCCCACUGCACCUGUUUGAGGAGCUAGUUUCCUGCACACGUGAGGAAACAAGCCGCCGUGUCGAGAGGCUGCGAGAUCUCCUGAGCACCCUUCCAAGAUGUAUCAUCAUUGUCAUGCGAUAUCUAUUUGCCUUCCUUAACCACUUAUCAGAGUACAGUGAUGAAAAUAUGAUGGAUCCAUACAACCUGGCCAUCUGCUUUGGCCCGACCCUCCUGCCCAUCCCGCCUGACCGAGACCAGGUAUCCUUCCAGGGCUCUGUCAACGAGAUCAUCAAGACCAUCAUCACUCACCAGGAGGAGCUGUUCCCCAAUGAUGGCGGAGAGGUGUAUGAAAAGUGUAUUCUCGGGGACAACUCCAAUGACACAGGCGAGGAUGAUGAGACAAGCUCUAUACCCAGUGACGAGGAAGGAUCCAUUUGUGAACCUGAUCUUCUGGAGGCAACAGCAUUGUAUGACUUUGAGGGGCGCACUGGGCGGGAGCUGACGUUCAAGAAGGGAGACACGCUAAUCAUCUACAACCAGGUGUCCAAUGACUGGUGGGAGGGAUGUUGUCACGGCCAGGAGGGCCUCAUCCCUGAUAAAUACAUCUCUCUUGUCAAACAGGGGUCUAUUGACGAGCCCAAGAGUUUGAGCAGCGAGGAAGGUGACAAGACCAGCUCAACCCAGUCCUUACCCACCAAGCCCCCCAUCCGACAGUCCAGUGAGGAGACCUCGGUCAGCAUUGACAAGCCUGUCGAGAAGUCUGUGUCACAGCCCAACAUCAUCGUGCGAGAGACUGACAUUAUUGAUGUGGACACUACCACAGUGUCACAACCCUCCACCCCUAAAACAAGUGUAAUUACAUCCAAAGUUCCUAGUUUAACUAGUGUAGAAGAAGUAGAGUGUCCCCCUGGUGGGGGUGAUGCACCGAAGGAACUGAAGAGACAGGUGUCUUCCCCAGAUUCCACAGCAGAUGAUAUAUCUGUGGAUAUUGACAAUGCUCUAGAAGAGGUGAUGGCAGGGCUCAAGUCCUUGGAGAUGCAACAGAGGUCUGCCAAGAGGAUGAGUUUGCCUGUUGUCAAGGCCAAGCAAACUCCCAAGCACACUCCAGACCUAGUGUUGGAUCUGCCAGAGGGCUCCGACUCCCCCCCUUCACAGGAGAGUAGCGAGCCAGAUAGUCCCACAAUAAGUGCUGCUGAAACCUUUGCUAAAUCAAAUCAAGGAACUUUGAAGAAAGCUAGUUCUAUGCCACGCAACAUAUCAACCACAAAUCGUAUGAAUCUGUCUGAAGACUCUGAGAGAGGAAAUAACUCUGAUCAUCCUCCACCGCCACCAUUAUCAACAUUUAACUCAGGUGGAAUAAUCCGGCGUGUUCAGUCGACUUCACCUGCCAUACGCUCAAAAUCUGUCACAGACGCAAAAUCCGAUCUUCCUGCAUUGGUGGGUAUGAGCCCGGUUCCUCCACCGGUGGCAGAGAAACCAAAACCACCUGUCAAGGCCAAACCGUCGGUCAUGAAGAAGCCGGGGAGAUCACCGGAGGUAGCAAGAAAAUUUUCCAAACCUGAUUCUGCUCAAGAUUCCCCAACUAAAGUGCUGAAGUGAUGCCCCACUAUAUUAUUUUUACAGAAUCCUACCUAAAGCAUGUUUUAUCUUCAUACCUCGCCUGGUGCAACUUGAUACCUGUAUUCAGCCAACUGGAAUGUACUGUGUGUUGACUCUGAUCAUGGAGUCGGAUGAACAGCCUGAUGGAAUGACAAUGAGUUUCUACAAUGAUCUGAUUCCCAAUGUGGUAGCACAAAUCUGGUGUUACAGGCAAACAUACUGCCCUUGACAUGACUUGAGUGUGAUAUAUUACUUCCAUGUUAUAUUUCUGACAUCACAACUUGUUCAUCACUACUUGAUCUGUAGACAAGCCUUGCAACAUUAUCACAGGGUUUAGAGAUUCAGAGAGGCUCAUGCUGGACUUUGUACUGUGGUGCACGAAGACUGUAUGCAGUCACACGAAGGCAUGUUUCAUCAGCAGUCUUGCAUGCAGUUGCACAGCACUUGUGACACUACAGUGAUACUUGCAGUUACUAGUUGCAGAAAGACUGGUGCAUUUACAAAAUGUUUACUUACUCCUGAAUCUGAUGCAGAGACAUUACUCUACUGCAAGCAGAAAUAGAACUGCCUCGUGCAGGCACAGAACUUUCACAGGAGCAGGUUUGCUGAGCCAUGAACCUUGAGUCAGGAGGACCUUGCUGACCAGCCAGCUGACUGUACCGACCAGCCAGCAGGGAUAUUAAGCAUGACUGGCUGCGGGGCUAUGUGCUCGAUGCAGUGUGCAUCUUGUGUUGUCUGCUUUUGAGUCUUGCCAUUUGUAGGAGGCAACGGGACCUCCUGUUGCAUGUAUGAUAUACUUUAGUAGCAAGGCACUAGUAGUCUUCUGUCAGCCAGUAGUAGGGGCAACAUGGUUUUACAUGUUACAAAUAUGAAUGAUGUCAUUUAACUGAAGAUCACUUUUCUUCAUGAUACAACACUGAAAAUAGUGAUUAGAUGUCCUUAGUUUUCUAAAUUGCCCAAACUAUUUUCACCUCCCGAUUUGGAGGUACAGAAUCUACAAAUGAAACCUUUUGUAAUUUUUUUGUUCCCUUUUUCAAUUACCAUCUCAUUUUGCCGUGAUAAACAAUGCUGAGCAGAUCAAGAUGAAGUUUGGUUUCUCAACUGAAAUGUUUCUGUAGCAAUCACAUGUUAGUUACAUGCCUUGCUUUUUAAAGUACCGGUAUGGAGAAAGAUGAUUUUAUUUAUUUAUUUGAAAAUAUCCUGUGAUAUGUGCUAUCAUGAUGCUGUUAAAACACACUGAUUUAAUUUAGUUACUAUUCCAACUUGAAAUGUUUUGGAAUGAACUGAAAGAAGAAAAUCAAAAUCUGAUUUGAUGCCAUAUAAUCUUCAGUGAAUUUUGAUUUUGAAUUGCUUCUUUUUUAUAUAAAGGUUAUACAAAUUGUCCUGUCUUGCAUGAAACGGGAUACAAUGAGAAUCUGUUUAUCCCUGACAUACUAAGCCAGAAUCCUGCAAUUAUAAUCUUUCCCAGUAUUUGUGUGAACAACAUGAACCCUUUGAUCUAUUUCAGUUAGUUUUGGAUGUUUUUAGUCUUGUAACAAUAAUUUGUUAGCUUGUUUAUUAAGGUGUUUGUUCUUAUCAAUUUGAUGAAAAUGAUUAUUUUUAUAUGAGGGUGUUACAGUCGGCAUGCCAUGGAGCUGUUUACAUUCAUGCCAGCUUAGUUUUAAAGUCCACAGCUAUAAGGUCAAUUGAAUACAUUGGAGUAAAAGCAAAACAUUAUUACCAGAAAUAUUCAAAAUUUCAGCUUGAAACAUCUGGCACAGUGUACUUACAUUAUUAUGCCUACUUUACAUGAUUUGAAAAUUGAACAUGUUAAGCCAUUGUAUAUAAGUAAUUAUCAGAAUUAAUCCAGGCUAUUAUUCUGAAAUACAGAUAAUACCUUGUUAAGCCACAACAGAGAUGUACUUGCUUAUUUUGGUGACUGUCUAGACUCUGGUUGGACAUUGUGACCAGUCUGAUGCCAUUGGGGAAUUGUAAUUCUACUCUCAUCCUGUUUUAGUAAUAGGAUGACCUUGAUCCUUGGACUGGUACCAACGUCUGCAGUAUCAUUUUCUCUUUGGUUCUUGUCAUUAUUAAGCAGACUUAAAUAAUUUCCAGAAGUGUGGAAACUACAAGAAUGCUGACAUGGAACUAUGUGAUUAAUAGUUGUGAUGCAACGGAUGGAAUUUACUUAUGUAAGUAAUUGAUGUUUCAUGCAAGCUAACUGCAAACUAUGCUGAAGUUGCAAGUGUGACAUGUUGUAUUUGUACUGUCUUGAAAAUAGGUCAGCUCAAAGGAAAUGGCUUUCUUUUAAAUCAGCCUUAUAGCAAUUACUGGGUGUGAGAGCCAAAUGUAGACUAAGACUGAGCGGUAGCAUUAAAUACCAAUUUCAUAUUAUGAUUUUUACCAGAUUUGUAACAAAAAAAGUUGAUAUGAUUAAUUUCUAUUUUUUGAAAUUCUGUGUCAGAAAAAUGAUCUAAAAAAUAACAGGCUGUAUAAAUACCAUGUUUUUCUAAUGUCAUUCUACAUAUUAUUCAGCAUGAAACACUGCUCUCCUGGACAUGUCUUCCAUAUCAUUGUCAAACUACUGGUUAGUUAGGCUGUAUUAUCACAUGGAUAUUGUCAGAAAUUACAUUGUACCAACUUGCCAAACUUGUUUGAUUUUGUCGGAUUAGCUGAGUCUAAAACAUUUCAUCUGAGCUGAUAUCAAAGUUGAACAAUGGCAGCACUCUACAAUUCAUGCAAAAGUUCAAUUCUUGUGAAGUUGAUAUAACUAUCCCGAUUUUGUCAUUGUUUUCCUCUUUUAUUUGACUAUUUUGUUGCUAUCAUCGGUUUCUUGUCUGGUAUUUGUUUCACUCAUUUCUUCCAGUUUUAUUCAUUCCAUUUUGUUUGUCAGCCGUUUUAUUACAGUGUGUUUUAUUCUUUCCUCAUUCUUCAAGUAGUUGAGGAUCAACAAAGUAGUUCAUUUUGGUCUCCCUUAAAUAAAUUUAAAUUGCUUUAAAGAAUGAUUUCUACAUGGUUAUAUUUUCUUCUUUUUUUUGUGUGAAAAUGUUUCAGGACAAAAGUCAUGGAAUCUUUUAAUUGUAAAUGGUUUGUUUUAGUGGUUAAAUAUGUGUGUAGGUUGGGAGAAUAAUGUGAAAUUGCUGGAAGUCAACUUUGUGUUAGGAGCAAUGUGCAAUUGUUUUAGAGGGACUUAACCUUUCUAUGAAUGUACAUAAUUUUAAGUAAUAUAAGUGAACAUCUUUAAUAGCAAUUUCUGCAUGUAAGUCAAAGAUGGGUAGUUCAUCAGCCUAUUAUUGUGUAGGACUUGUAUCAUUAUUUUCAUCUCAUUCUAUUUUUGUCUGAUAUUACCAAACAGAAUUGAGAAGUGGGGAUGCCUCAUGUUGAUGUAGUCACAUGAGAGCCGAGUGUAAACGUACGCUGAGUGUAAUGAGAAACGUGGACAGUGUAGAGUUGUCUGUGUGUCUGUACGUUGCGGUGUUCGGCCGAUCGGCUUGUCUCAAGUGUACCUGAUAAACAUGAUGACAUUCUCAGAAAUAUAAUGGGAAAAUUU